CCGACGUCACACAAACGAAGAAAAAAAGCUCUACAACUCCGAACAGCUGAGUGAAACUAAUGCGUGAAACCCGCAGUUGUUUUGUUUUUUUGGUGUUUUAUAAAAUCUUUUUUUCAAAAUCUUUGAAUCUUGCGCUACUUUAGAAGCCAAGUCCAAAAACAAACCACUGACUCACCAUUAAAAAAAAAAAGAUGUAACCAUCAUUACGUGCUGUUAUCAGUUUUACAGCCCGCAGCAUCUGCUACCAGCAGCUAGGCUAGCUCGGCGAGCUAACAGUGGCAGACCGUUGAGACGGUCAGGUAGCCGGGGUUGAAGCGCAAGGAUUCUGCCCCUCGUGAGAGAGCUCCGAGGAAGGCCGGUCGACUUGAAAUAAUUUGGGGGGGAAACAGAUGAUUGCGCUGACGACGGACACAUCGAGUAUCCGGCAUUUAAGGAACUUUCCGACAAGCUAACGCCAACGGCGCUGUCUCACUUCAGCUAACUGCGACUAGCAGCAGCUCAGCCUCGGCUCGUCAACGACCACUUUCACUGUUUUUUUUGGGGGGGGGGCAGGUGUGGUGUUGGGGAGACCGACGGAUGGCAAGCAGUCCCGCGGCGAGCCGUACCUGCCCGGCUAACGGAGACAACACACCGGGUCGAGCGUCCGGCAUGUCACGUCGAUACCGGUACGAGUCGGAGUCCGACGUCGGCCCGACCGUCAAAAGCUUAGCGCUGUGCAGCCGGGACGAGGCGGAGCGAGCGGCGUCCCUGGAGGAGCUCAGCCGGCGGGUUCUGGCGUGUUUGGGAGCGGACCGGCCCGGUUCGGCCCAGCUGAGCAAACAGACGCUCUUGCACCUGCUCCUGCUGUCUCGGUCGUGUCCCCUGCAGGAGAUCCGAGACCGAGCGACCGAGCUGCUGCGCAACGCACAGGAACAAGGAGUCAAAGUACCUCGGGCGCUGUCAUCGGGCCCAAGUGCCUUCAUUCCUGCAAAGGAGAUGUUGAAAGAAGUUGCCGACCAGGACGUCCUCACCGAAUCUUUCCUUUCACUGGGCCGCGUGGACCACAUCACCAUGGUGAUGGCAAUGCACCCUGCCUACCUGAGCUGCUUCCUCAGGACCCAGCAUGCUUUGUUGGAGAUGGACGGCCCCUUGCCUCAUCACUGGAGACAUUACAUCGCUGUUAUGGCCGCCGCUCGACAUCACUGCUCGUACCUGGUGCAGCAGCACAGCGCGGGCUUCCUGGACGCCGGGGGGGAGGAGAGCUGGCUGAGCGACCUGCAGCACGCCCCCACCAAACUGCGCAGCCUGCAGACACUCAACAAGCUGCUGGCACACAGACCCUGGCUCAUCACGCAGCAGCACAUCCAGGAGCUGGUGUGUCCCGGAGCCGAGCCUCGCUGGUCACUGGCUGAACUCAUACACGCUGUGAUCCUCAUGGCUCACGCGCACUCUCUCUGCUCAUUUGGCUGGGGGUGCGGCUUGAACCCUGAGCCCGACCACAUCGGAGGUUACACAUUCGAGCUGCCGUCGCCCAGCCCCCUUCGUCGAAGCCCCCACGGCCCCCACGGCCUGGCUCACGAGGACGGAAGGCCAGAGUCGGGUGAAGGAGCAAUGGAGGUGGAGGUGUUGAUGCAGAGGAUGGUGGAGCUGCAGCAGCAGGAGGAAGAGUGCACGCAGGAGGAGAUGGUGACUCGCUUUGAGAGGCAGAGGAGCGAGAGCAUACCAACCACUGUCGUGCGAGAAGCACCACCCGAUCUGCUGCUGUGUCUGGUGGAGGAUCCAGAGUUCAGAUACGAGGACUUUGCCCCCAAAGGAGAGCAGUCCCCUCCCACCAUGCGGGCUCAGGACUAUUCGUGGGAGGACCACGGCUUCUCUCUGGUCAACAGACUACUGCCAGACAUGGGCCAGCUCCUCGAUGAAAAAUUUCAGGUAGUGAGCAACUUGACCUACCACAGGAUGGCGAUGCACGAAGGUGUGGACACUCACACUCUGAGAAAAGCUCUCUGGAACUACAUCCACUGUCUGUACGGGAUACGCUACGACGACUAUGACUACGGCAGCGUGAACGUGCUGUUGGAGCGCUCUCUGAAGGUCUUUGUUAAAACCAUGGCCUGUCACCCCGAGCAGACCACGGCUCGCGUUUACCACGCCUUCUGGAGACACUUCAGACACUCCGAAAAGGUCCAUGCGAACCUGAUAGUGAUGGAAGCUCGGCUACAGGCAGCCCUUCUUUAUACCUUACGAGCCAUCACACACUACAUGAGAUAGCCAACGCACAUGUUUUUGCAAAUGCUGAGCCAGCUGAGACGUACCGCAACACAAAGCUGAACACACACACACACACACACACACACACACACACACACACACACACACGGAAAGUAUUGACAGUGCUUCACUUUUUACAAUUUGUUUGUUAUAAUGCUGCUUUCUUCCAAAAUGUAUUCAAUUAAUUUAAGAGAAAAUCAAUAGUAUAGAUACGUAUUCACAGCCGUUGCUCAAUGCUUUGUUGGAGCACCUUUUGGCUGCAACUACUCAGGUAUUUUUGGGUAUAAUAAUACAUGCAUGGAACACCUAGUUUGGGCAGUUGCUCCCAUUCUUCUGUGUGGGACCUCCUCCCCGAAUAAGGCCCUUCUUCCCAACAGUAGCUCGGUUUGGAUUGUCACGCCAAAGGCUGUGAAUAUUUAUGUGAUUGUUUCCUUUUUUAUUUUACCAUAAGCAUUAUGGGUAUUGUGCUUAAAAUGUUGAGGGGGGGGAAAACACUUUAAUCCAUGGCCGUAACAUGACAGAAUGUGUCAAGUGAAGCACUGUGAAUGCUCCCCGGACUCACUGUACACUACAGCGAAUAGUGUUAAUGUUUUGAUGCUGCUUUGCACUGGGCUAUCUGAUAUACAAAACCUGUUAUGUAUUUGCACUGAAAUGAAUCCGGUUUUGUUUCCCCCCAGUUGAGCCUCAAGUGUCCGUGAAUAUCUUGCACAUGUUUCCGUCACACACAUAUCUCUCAUCGCGAUUGAAUCGUUUAUUCUAAUGUUGAGGUCAAUAAUCGCCCACACAUACCAGAUGUUCACCACACAUUGACUACUUGUGCCUCAUUCCUCUGUUUGUAGCACGCAGAGGCUGACAUGAAAAAAUAUAAAAUAACUAUUUUUAUAAAUAAUAAAAGUUACUUUAUCAGAAUUGAA